UGACGUGAGAAGAGACAGAACUGUCCAGAGGAUAGCAGAGAGACGUCCCUCCAACGGACUUCAGUGCAGUCAUCGUGAUAACUUCGAAUUCAUUCAAAGUCGAGAUGUUUGUGAGAGCAGCUGUGUUUGUCGCUGUAUUUGUCGCCGUCGCCGUGGCGUCGACACUUCCAGGCAUAUCCCUGGGUUGUCAGGGUCCGGUAACAGCUUUCUCCGGAAAACAGACGCUCCGAGACGACCUCGGCAUCGAUGGCGCUGUCCUACGAGACCAGCACUCCUCGUCCGACACCGUCUGGUACCUCCCGAGGUUCAACGGCAACACCGUCGAAGAGUACCGCACGAUGGGCGACUUCGAGGCGGGGAACGUCCUGACCACGUACCGCCUACCUGGGUCGGUAGGGAGUGGUGGCAUGGCGUGGUGGGGGCAGGGCCACGUCGUCUACAACAACGCCCUCUACUACCAACGGUUCCCUGAUUGCCUGUCGUAUAGUUAUGAAUGUAGCAAUGAAAAGGCGCAGAUAGUCAGGUACGACUUUAACCUUCAGGCCUUUACGGCGCUCCAGGCGCUGCCCACCGCCCAGCUCUCCCACUGGGGCGCGGGCCCGUCUUACGUCUACCUCGCCGUCGAUGCGGGCAGUGUGUGGGCUAUCGGUCUCAACACUGGUAAAUUCCAUCUGACAAAGUUAAACGCAAACGAUCUUAAUGUAGAAGAGAUCAUAGACACAGAAUUCGCUGACCCGUUUUCAAACAUGCCGCCAUUUAUUGCCUGUGGGAAAUUCUACAGCACCUUGCCUGGCGGUCCCCUGUCCUCACGGACCGCUCUUAUUCUCGACCUAACCACUAAGCAGAAAGACACGUCCACGCAGGCCUGGUAUUGCCUGCCCACUGAAGGUCGCCGCUACUUCUCCGUAAACUCUCGCGAGAACAAAGUGUACACAGUCGAGUCAAAUGCAUUGGUCACCUAUGACGUAACCUUCGGCGGAUCAUACUUAACUGACUCCGCUUCAUGUACAUUCUAGUAUAUUUGAGUAUAGUAUGGCAACUUAGCAUGUACCUAAUAGACAUAACGUAUCAACUUAUCAUUCAAGUUUAUGUUUGUCUCAUGCAUGCUGGCUUGUGAGGGUAUCAUAACUGAAAAGACGGUUUUGUGACAUCCAAAAAACUGUAAAAUUUCCUUGUCUGCAAAUAAAGUUUGAGAUGCUAUGAA